UUCUUGCCACUUCUGCUCUGAACCAAGUGGGCGUUGCUAACUUGAGGGUUCCAGCAGAGACAAUACCCACCUGGUCUCCUCAGGGAGAGAGCCCUGAGGAGCAGGAUCACCCUCUGACCAGCAGUGGGGACAGCACUAGCAGCACAAGACAAACCCCUCGGCAGAGAGAUCAAAGUGUUCACUGGGAGGGUCCCCAAGGGGCCAAUAGGGAGAGAGCAGGGCUGAGGCUGAGCUGGCUGAAGUGGGCUGGAAGAGGUGAGAAAGAAACUGGCAGAUGCCACAUCGUGGCACAGAGGAGUCAUUUAUGUGUGCACCUCACACCACGUCUGGAAACCCCUAGAGACAACUGCACGAGAUUUGGGGGCAGUCAGGCAGUUCUGCAACAGCUGGUCACAGAGAAAGCCAGCAAAGAGAGGAAAGUCCUGCAGAUGGCUCGCUGUUAGUAGCAUCUUACUUGUAACCCCAAGCUAGUGGGCUAUGGUGUGGUCUGAGGAAGCUCAGGUCAAAACGUCUUAGGUUUUUAUGACUAUGAAUUAAAUGGAAUACUAAAUCCUAGCCUGUUAAUCUGGUAAUGAGAGCAUUUCUUAAAUCAUAGUCAGCCUUAGCUUUUUGCCCCCCCUCCUGUAAAACUUUGUGCAUGACUUCAACUUUACUUUCCUUCUUAAGACAUGCCAAAAUGCUGAGUCACUAAAAAAGAAAUAAAUAAAUAAAUAAAAUUAAAAAAAUAAAAACAAAAAACAGAAAAGAAAGUAAAGGAAGAGUGAUCCUGCCUCUUAGGCUAGCUUGGUAUGACCUAAGCGGCACUUUCCGCCCCCCCCCCCCCAGUUGUGAUUCCUGUGAUGCUAAAGGACGUCACAUUGCACAAUCUUAAUAAGGUUUCCAAUCAGCCCCACCCGCUCUGGCCCCACCCCCACCCUCCAACAGAGAUUUAUCAAAUGUGGGAUUUUCCCAUGAGUCUCAAUAUUAGAGUCUCAAGCCCCAAUAAAUAUAAGACUGGGGAUGUCUGAGGCUCAUUCUGCCCUCGAGCCCACCAGGAACGAAAGAGAGCUCCAUCUGCCCUCCGGGACUCCAGCUAUGACCUUCCUCUCCACAAGCGCCUUCAGUCCACUUGCCUUCUCCCUGGGGCUGCUCCUGGUGGUGGCUACUGCUUUCCCUACCCCGGGACCCCUGGGAGGAGAUGCCACCUCAAAUAGACUACCACUCACCUCUGCAGACAAAAUGGAAGAACUCAUUAAGUACAUCCUCGGCAAAAUCUCUGCACUGAAAAAGGAGAUGUGUGACAACUAUAACAAAUGUGAGGACAGCAAGGAGGCACUGGCAGAAAACAACCUAAAUCUUCCGAAACUGGCAGAAAAAGAUGGAUGCUUCCAAUCUGGGUUCAAUCAGGAGACCUGCCUGACAAGAAUCACUACUGGUCUUCAGGAGUUUCAGAUAUACCUGAAAUUCCUCCAGGACAAGUAUGAGGGUGAUAAGGAAAAUGCCAAGUCUGUGUACACCAGUACUAACGUCCUGCUCCAGAUGCUGAAGCGUAAGGGAAAGAAUCAGGAUGAGGUAACCAUCCCUGUCCCAACCGUAGAAGUUGGCCUGCAGGCUAAGCUGCAGUCACAGGAAGAGUGGCUGAGGCACACAACAAUUCACCUCACCCUGCGAAGGCUGGAGGACUUCCUUCAGUUCAGCCUCAGGGCUGUUCGGAUAAUGUAA